GACUUGCACUUCGACUUUGACUUGCACUUCGACUUUGACUUGCACUUCGACUCCGACUUGGCAUCAACUUGACGUCGACUUCGCCCCCUCGCCCCUUAUCCAUAAUCGUCUUGACAUACUCCGUAACCGGAGUCCCACCACCAUCAUGUCUAUCAUCCGCAAGAACCCCUCAUCAGUCAUGAACCCCGUCCCACGCCGCACAAACGACUUCACAUCGGAGGCUGUCCUCGUGAUAACGUGUUCUGCACUCGCCCUAUACAGCGCCAUCGAACUCCUCCUCAUGAUAUUCACCACCUUCAAACGCUGGAACGGGCUGUACUUCUGGAGUCUGCUAAUCGCCACCAUUGGGAUCAUCCCGUACAACAUCGGUUAUCUGAUCGUCUACUUCGACCUGACCAAGAACUACGCCGGCUUCAUCAUCGAUAGCAUCGGGUGGGCGGCUAUGAUUACAGGCCAGUCCGUCGUGCUGUACUCGCGGCUGCACAUCAUCCUGCGGAACCAAAAGAUCUUGCGAGGGGUGCUGUACAUGAUCAUCUUCAAUGGCGUCGUCUGGCACACUACCACAACCGUCGUCCUUUUCGGCGCCUAUCUCUCUCCAGACGACAGCUUCAUGCACGCCUACAACGUCAUCGAGAAGCUCCAAAUGACCAUCUUCUGCCUCCAAGAAUUCAUCAUCUCAGGUCUGUACGUCUGGAAAACGAGCGAGCUGCUCAAAAACGUCUAUGUCGGUGGCGGGCGCCAGGCAAACCGAGGCACAAUGUUCCAGCUCUUUUUCGUCAACGUUAUCAUCAUCAUCCUAGAUAUUGCCCUCCUCUCCCUCGAAUAUAAGAAUCUGCUAGUCUUGGAGCAAGGCUUCAAGAGCGUCAUCUACGCUGCCAAGCUCAAGCUCGAGUUUGCGAUCCUCGGAAAGCUGGUCAGCGUUGUGCAGAAUAACGACCGGACUCAGUCGGGCAGCAAUAGCAGACCUAAGCCAGGCGAGAUACGCCGAACGACGACGACCACUGUUGUUGCUAGUACGACACAGUCGGCGGCUGGAAGGAAAGAGCGUGGGUCCAAGUGGUAUCGGUUAGGAGAGCAACCUGAGGGUAUCCAUAUGGAUCACAUAACCAUCGACGAGCAUCCGCCUAGUCCAAGGACGGUAACCUUUGACUCGAAGGAUGACAAUGACCGGAUUGAAGCGGUUGAGAUACGGGAGCGCGAGAGUAGUGAGUUUGAGCGACAGAGCAAGGCGAGCAAAAAUUCGGACGUGACCUUGUUCAGGAACAUAUCCAAGCAAGGCGAAUAGCUAAUGGACGCAAUCUUGGAGUGGUUUUGGAUAUCUAAUGAUGCAAGGUUGGUUUCUCCGCUCGAAAUGGUUGGAUGUGAGUAAAGCUUCGGCGUUAGGUGGUAAUUUCUGAUUUUAUGUUGCUCGUACCCAACUGCGGACAAGGAAAGUCGAGCCAGUCGGGAAACUAAAAGCAAGACAUUGUACAGCA